AUGUGUGUCGAGGUCUGGAAUAUCUUUCAGCAGUGCAACCACAAACUGUACCAAAAUACGUACCUCUGCCAUGUUGCCAAGAGACGUCCACCAAACGCCGACAACACCAUGAUUGAGACCAAGUUUCUCCCGGAUAGAGAGCCUAAGAUUCCGCCGGGCAUGUUUGGAUGCAAGCUCCGUGAAGCUACAAGACCCAAAAGCACCCCUUGCCCAGAGUGUGCUCGACUGGCACGAUUGGCUCAGGGUGCGGCCAGAGCGUCCAAAACGACAGCUUCAAGCUUAUCCACAGAGUCAGGACGAAGUCUUACCAGCCCGUCGCCGGACGCCUCAGCAGUUAAACAGAUGCGCGACUCCCUGAUUUUCCUAGAACAGCACCGGAAGGUAACCUGA